GGGGGGGUCCGGUGGCCCUGCACGCACCCCUCCUUCUUAUAACUCUUAUCCUGAAACACAAAAUGUAAGAUCACAUAGUGUUCAAAUUCAAGCUGAAACAGAGUUCACUCACAAUUUAAUUGAAAGUUAAUUGAAUUAAUAUCACAUUCGCUAGAGUCGUUUUUCCAUUCUGAGAUACUGUAGAAACAAGGCAGCAUGGCUGGUUCUGGGGAUGAGGACCCACACCCUAUGUCAAUUUAAAGGGCUCAUUCUCAGGUAGCGGCAACACACAAUUUCUUAUUUUCAUUUGAUAAUGAACUAAUUAAAACGUACUUAUGAAUACUACAUUCCAUUUGUGCUAAGUCUGUUCCACUUGAAGCCAUUCAGUUCUAACAUGUUGAAAAUGGAUUAACGUAAGUGUCUUGAACGUUUGACCCUAAUUCUAAAACCAAAAUCCAAUCCUAGUGUCUUAACUUUUCCACCUGUCCACCAUUCAAAAAUGAAAAAACAGCUAAGACCCUAUCGGUGCUCUUAAUUUGGUUAUUCAGUUGGGUAUGUAUUUAGGAAAGGGCAUGAGAAAAAAUACAUAAGACGGACAUAAUAUGUCAAUGAACCUGUGGGGAAUAAAACAAAUGUAUCACAUUUUUAAUAUUUCAGAAAACACAUCACAAUAUGACAAGUAUAACAUCUGCGAUAUGAUAAUAUUGCGUCCGAUAAUAGUUCCACAAACUAGGACAAUAGAAUACCAAAUAUAUAUUGUUUUCAUUAUAUUGUUAAAGUACUGACAGAUUUAGUGUGGGGGUCACUUGGGUGUCACUUGGCGGUGGCCAAUCACAUUUGUUUCUUUGUGUUGACGACUUACUUGACAACCAUUUUUGUAUACACGCUCCAAACCACAAUAUGUGGACAUGUAAUAUGACGUUAUGAUGCAAUAUUAUGGCGUAUUAUGUGAAAACUGCAAGUGAUGGGUGACACAGUAACAGUACUAUUUCACAGUAUCGUUUACUUUUUUCAUUUUUUCAUUUCACACCUGUGCGUAUUCUUAUGUUCUUAAUAAAUAUCUCAUUAUUCCUAUUACAUUUGUAAAUGCUUUGGACCCUAAAUGUUUGUGAGACUGUCAGCAGUAGCAGGCAUGGUGAAAGAACAUGGCAGUAAUCAUGACCGUAUGACAGUAAACAGAUAACGGAGGUAAAUAAUCCAAGUCACUGAGCCACCCUCAGUGUGUGAAUUCUUUAAAGUUGGAUUCGAUCAUGUUCAGAUGAUUAAGGAAUACAGUCAGAUUUGAAUGGCCAUUAGAUAUGGUGGAUGUGCGAUUUUAAUAUAAACAAAUGUAAAAUCAACCCCCACCCAUACAAGUUUGACUCAGUGUCAUAAUGACGAGUUGGUCUCGUAACCCUUGGGUCUCUGUUGAAUGCAGCCCUGCCUAUUCAAACAAGUACAAGUCAGGUGGCCCUAACCUCCCAUUCAUUGAUCCACACCACUAUGCUACCACAACCAACAAAUAGGCGUGGUUUUUUAACCCCAUGAGAUAAAAAUGAAAUGUGCCGCAAAAUAGACAAAAUUCAAUGUCAUCGGUGCGGGUUGGCCUGACAUUGUGGCUUGACCAUAGGCCAACCGCAAAAUGCUCUCCUUUAUAAGGCUGCUUGGGACUGCAAUAUGCCACAUUCACAGGAGCAAUGCAGGUGUUUGUGUUUGCGCUGGCUCUGGCCGUCGUGGGUGAGUCUUUCGUGUGCUCUUGUUUCAACAUCUACUAUUAUUUUUAUAUACAGUUAUUAUUAUUUGAUCAUUGUUAUUAUUUGAAGUAUAUAGUCUUAUUUUGUAGACCUACAUUUCUGAUAUUCAUUUUAUUUCAACCUGGACUUGAAGUAAUAAUUUCAAGUAAUUUAAAUUUAUUCUACUAGUGCAGUAUCACCAUUCAGAAUUCAUGAAAAGGUUUGAAAAUGGGAAAUUGUGUUUUCUUUAUUCUCUAAUUUCAGCUGGACAGUACGUCAACUUUGCUCCUGACUUCGCCAGCAGCAAGACCUAUGUGUACAAGUAUGAGGCGGUACUCAUGGCGGGCCUUCCUGAGGAGGGUCUGGCUAGCGCUGGGUUGAAGGUCCUCAGCAAAGUUUUAAUCAGUAACAUUGCUGAGAAUACUUACCUGCUUAAGCUUGCCGAUCCUGAACUCUUUGAGUACAGUGGCGUCUUGCCCAAGGAUCAAUUCAUCCCUGCCAACAAGCUGAAGGAAGCCCUGGCCUCCCAGCUUGCGACUCCCAUCAAGUUUGAGUACGCCAAUGGUGUUGUCGGGAAGGUCUACUCCCCAGAAGGCAUCUCAACCACCGUGCUGAACAUCUUCAGAGGUGUACUGAACAUCUUGCAGCUCAAUAUUAAGAAGACCCAGAAUGUCUACGAGCUGCAGGAGGCUGGAGCUCAGGGCGUGUGCAACACACUCUACGCCAUCACUGAAGACGAGAAGGCCGACCGCAUUCUGUUGACCAAGACCAGGGAUCUCAAUAACUGCCAGGAGAAGAUUGUCAAGGAUUUGGGUCUGGCUUACACAGAGAAAUGCAUAGAGUGCCAGAAGGAUGCCAAGAACCUGAGGGGAGCUGCCGCAUACAACUACGUCCUCAAGCCAGUCCCGACUGGAGUUCUGAUCCUGCAGGCCAGCGUCAAUGAGCUCAUCCAGUUCUCUCCCUUCAACGAGCUUAAUGGCGCUGCCCAGAUGAACACCAAGCAGUCCUUGGUUUUCCUUGAGAUUCAGAAGACCCCCAUCGCACCGGUUAACGCUCAGUAUCUCCAUCGUGGAUCCAUCAAAUAUGAGUUUGCCUCCGAGCUUCUGCAGUCACCCAUUAUGCUGAUUAAGAUCACAAACCCCCAAGCUCAGGUUGUGGAGCUCCUCAACCAUCUUGUCAUCCACAACAUGCAAACAGUUCACGAAGAGGCCCCCAUGAAGUUUCUAGAACUGAUUCAGGUGCUCCGUAAAUCAAACAUCGUGGACAUUGACCAGAUCUGGAGUCAAUUCAAGAGCAAACCAGUCUACAGACAGUGGAUCCUGGAUACCCUUCCCGCCAUUGGAACCUCAACCACUCUGAGAUUCAUCAAGGAGAAGUUACUGGCUAGAGAUAUCAGCAUUCUUGAGGCAGCUCAGGCUCUUGUAGCAUCCAUGCACAUGGUGACAGCUGAUCAGGAGGCCAUUACAAUUGUGGAAUCCCUGAUAGACAACCACUUGAUUGUGGAGAAUCCUGCUCUGCGUCAAAUCGUUAUGCUCGGCUAUGGUACCAUGGUUGCAAAGUUCUGCUCUGACAAGAUCGCCUGCCCCUCCGAGCUCAUCAAGCCCAUCCACGAGAAAAUCGCCAGAGCAGUUGCAGAGGAAAACAUCGAGGAUAUCAAUUUGCUUCUGAAGGUUCUGGGUAACGCCGGACACCCCCACAGUCUUAAGACAAUCACAAAGAUCCUGCCCUUGUUUGGCUCUGCUGCUGCAAAUCUGCCAACAAGAGUCCACGUUGACGCCAUUCUGGCCAUGAGGAACAUUGCCAAGAAGGAGCCCAGAUUGAUCCAAGAUAUGGUCGUACAGUUGUUCAUGGAUAAAGCCCUGCAGCCUGAGCUGCGAAUGCUUGCGUGCAUUGUGCUGUUUGAGACAAAGCCUCGCAUUGGCCUGGUAACUGCUCUUGCCAACGUUCUGAAGACUGAAGAGAACCUGCAGGUGGCCAGCUUCACCUACUCCCACAUGAAGUCCCUGACCAGAAGCACCGCAUCUCACCAGGCGUCUGUUGCUGCCGCAUGCAAUGUUGCUGUCAGGAUCCUGAGCCCCAAGUUUGAUCGUCUGAGCUACCGUUUCAGCAAAGCCAUUCAGAUGGACGCCUACAGCGAGCCCAUGAUGCUUGGUGCUGCUGCCAGUGCAUUCUACAUCAACGAUGCUGCCAGCAUCCUUCCCAGGGCUUUCGUGGCCAAGACCCGUGGCUACCUUGCCGGAGCUGCAGCUGAUGUUCUUGAGAUUGGAUUGAGGACCGAGGGACUCCAGGAGGCUCUCCUGAAGAACCCUGAUAGCGAGAACGCUGACAGGAUCACCAAGAUGAGGCGUGUCAUCAAGGCUCUGUCCCAGUGGAGAUCUCUGCCUACCAGCAAGCCUCUGGCUAAUGUGUACAUCAAGUUCCUGGGCCAGGAGAUCGCCUUUGCCAACCUCGACAAAGUUCUCAUCGAUCAGGCCAUUGCACUUGCCAGUAGACCCAUCGUUCAGGAAAUGGGAAAGGACGCUCUGAGGAGUGUGCUGUCUGGAUUUACCGCCCAUUUCACCAAGCCCGUGCUGGCUGCCGAGGUGCGCCGCAUCCUCCCCACCGCCGCCGGAUUCCCCAUGGAGCUCAGCAUGUACACCGCUGCUGUCGCUAACGCCGCCGUCCAAAUCAAGGCAAGCACCACACCUGCUCUGCCCCAGAACUUCCUUUGGGCUCAUCUGCUGAAGGCCAACAUUAAUCUGGAGACUGAGAUUAGGCCCAGUGUCGCUGUUCAGUCAUUCGCUGUGAUGGGCGUGAACACUGACCUCAUCCAGUCAUCUGUGCUCGUCAGAGCCAAGGUCAACUCUGUCCUGCCAAGCAAAAUUGCAGCCAAUCUUGAUAUAACUGAAGGCAACUUCAGGAUCCAGGCAUUGCCCGUUGCCGUGCCUGAACAACUUGCAACCGUGCGUUAUGAGAGUUUCGCCGUGGCAAGAAACAUUGAAGAUCUCCUGGCCGAGAAAAUCGUGCCUAUCAUUCCCGCAGAGAUCUUGGAGCCCCUCAUCGGCAGACGGUUCGUGUCUAAUGCCAACUCCAUUGUGUCUGGUAGCUCGUCCAAAUCCUCCGAGAUCUUCUCUGACAUGGUAUCUGGAAUGAAACCCAUCAUCAAGUCCAAACUUGCCCGAUUUGAGAAGAAGUAUUGUGCUAAAUUAGCCGCAAUGAAGUCCUGCAUCAAGCUGGAGUCUGAGGAUGCCUCAUUCAUCAGGAACACACCUCUCUACCAACUGAUUGGAAAGCAUGUUGUCUCUGUGGUCAUUAAACAUGUUGCCGGAAAGGAGAUCGAGAGAAUAGAGAUCGAGGUCCAAGUCGGAGCAACGGCUGCAACGAAGCUAAUUAAGCAGAUCAACCUGAGCCAAGAAGAAGUAGAAGAAGAGAACGCCCAGGGCACACCUGCUCUGCUAAAGCUCAAGAAAAUCCUGAAUCCCUCCGUGAAAAGAUCUUCCUCUUCCUCCAGCAGCUCCAGCAGCAGCGCCAAGUUGUUCUCCUCCUCCUCCUCCUCCUCCUCCUCCUCCUCCUCCUCCUCCUCCUCCUCCAGCAGAAGCAGCAGCAGCAGCAGCCGUAGCAGCAAACUGAACUCCAAAUCCUCCUCCUCAUCCUCGUCUAGCUCGUCCUCCAGCUCUUCCCGCUCUGCAAGAAGCCGUCUGUCCAACACUGUUGUGUACCCGUUGAAGUUCCAGAAGGACCACAAGAAGCAGUCUCUCACCUCUUCAGCAAGAACCUCCACAGGCAGAAGCAGUGCUUCAAGCUUCCGGGCCAUCUACAACAAUAACAAAUACCUUGGCGCUGCAGCUCCUCCUGCCUUUGCCAUCUGGGUCCGUGUGGUCAGAGCUGACAACCAAAUGAUGGGAUAUGAGCUGUCUACCUACCUGGACAAGCCCAACAAAAGAGUCCAGCUGAUCAUUGCAGCUUUGGCCAAAGGUGACACCUGGAAACUGUGUGCUGAUGGAAUUCUUCUUAGCAAGCACAAAGUAUCUGCUAAGGUUGCCUGGGGAGCGGAAUGCAAGGAAUACAGCGCCAUGGCGACAGCUGAGACUGGCCUGGUCGUCAAAAGCCCUGCGGCACGUCUGACAGUGUCCUGGAAAGCGCUGCCGAUAUCAUUCAAGACUUACGCCAAGCUCGUCUACAAGUACAUCCCUGCCUCUAUCCUCGCUGGACUCGUUGAAGGGAAGGAGAUCAACAUUGAGAAGCAGGUUUCUCUCAUCGUGGUUGCAACUUCUAACAAGGACCUCGAUGUGAUCUUGAAGACACCAAAGCACACUAUCUACAAGUUAGCUCUGCACCUUCCCAUUGCUCUGCCUCUCGACGGACUCACCAGCCUUACUCCCUUCGAAGACAACAUCAUGGAAAAAGUCCAAUACGUCUUGGCUCAGGUUUAUGAAGCUCAGUGUAGCUACGCCAAGAACACCCUGACCACAUUCAACAACAGGAGGUACAAGAACGAGAUGCCACUGUCUUGCAACCAGGUUCUGGCCCAGGAUUGCUCCAAGGAGCUCAAAUUCAUGGUUCUGCUGAAGAAGGACAACAUUGAGCAGAACUGGAUCAAUGUGAAGCUUGCUGACAUCGAUAUCGACCUGUACCCCGAGAACGACAACAUGAUUGUGAAGGUUAACGGCAUGCAGAUCCCCAUCAGCAGCCUGCCCUACCAGCACCCCACAGGUACAAUACAGAUCAAGUCUAACGGUGAGGGCAUCUCUGUAUAUGCGGCCAGCCACGGUCUUCAUGAGGUCUACUUCGACAGGAGCUCCUGGAAGGUCAAGUUGGCCGACUGGAUGAAGGGACAGACAUGCGGAAUCUGUGGAAAGGCCGACGGAGAGGUCAGACAGGAGUUCCGCACCCCCAACGGACAGCUGGCCAAGGACGCCGUCAGCUACGCCCAUUCCUGGGUGAUCCCUGCUGAGAACUGCCAAGAUGCCUCCGAGUGCCGUAUGAGACAGGAGUCAGUGAAGCUGGAGAAACAGAUCAUGGUCCACGGACAGGAGUCCAACUGCCACUCUGUUGAGACGGUGCUGCGUUGCCUCCCUGGCUGCAUCCCAGUCAAGACCACCCCGGUCACCGUUGGCUUCCACUGCCUGCCUAUUAGCGCUGAGCAGGAACGCUCUGUAGAUCUGAGCAGCGUCCUGGAGCAGAGUGUGGACCUGAGGGAGAGCGUGAUGGCUCACUUGGCCUGCAACUGCGCCAACCUCUGUGCUUAAGCUGGCCACGCCCCGCUCACCAGAGCACCACUCCCCUUUAAGUAUUUAUCAAUUAACUUCUGUAUCCUUAAAUCAAUCAAAUACAACAAAUAUUUUUUGGGAUUUUCUUGGCAGUUUUAUUGGAGUCAGGUUUCUAACAAUACAAUGUAAUGUCAAAGAGCAAUGAUAAAAACGGUUCCACAAAUAUCCCUUUUGUCCGGUAUUAGUGAUGUACUUUUAAUUAUUUUAACAGAAAAUAAAUAUUUGGGAUUUAAA